UCGGCUCAUUAUUAAACCUGUGACCAAAUCCAUCUUUUGCCUGACACCGCGCUCCAUUCUGCCACCAGGGCGUGUGGGAGCAUGUUCUCAAAAUGUAUGCUCGACACAGACUACUUCUAUCACUACAAAAGAUGAAAAUACAAUGAAGUACGAUGCCUAUAUUCAUGUUCGCGUUCGGCUAAGGGGCCGACCAUUUAUUUACAUAUUUUUAAGGAAAAAUAUUAUUGCAUCGCUUAGUCCAAAGAAAAAGCCCAAUGCCAUAACAACGAAACCCUGCACGUCGGCUACUGCCAAAAACAACUGCCCAACAGACACCCCCCCCCCCCCCCCAUAACAUUAAAUGGUUGACUUCUAAGUUAACUGUUCACAUCCACCUGCCAAAUCUGAAUGCUAGCGUUAAAAUAUUUCAAAGAGGGGAAUCGACCCCGAACACAUGGUACCUGUUUUUCUACCCAUUGUUUAAUCAGGAUCGCUUAACAAUAACAUUUCGCUGGAAUCGAGCUGUAAACGUUUAGAGAUACAAGUUUAUUAGUCUUGUGGAGCCGUAUUAUCACCAUGCGGCGAAGAUCUCGGAAAUCUUCGAUCUCGCUAUCGUGAUUAUCCCCUGUUGUACGUCUUCAGGCCAUGAGGACCCGUAGUAAUUUUCGAUGCCCUGCUUAUGUUGUGGUUGUAUUUGUAUUUGUUUGUAUUGUUAUUAUGGUAAAGAUGCAGGAAGCCAGGAGAAAGUUUUCCCGCACAAAUCCUGUAGAGGAUGAAUCCUCGGACACCGUGAGCUCACGCUUGGUAGGACUGAGCUCGUCUCAGAUAAUCUACCUGGACAGCUAUCACGUGGCUCUCAACUCAGAUGAGACUUUGGAUCCUGAAAAUACCAGUGGUAUUACCAAUUUGGGCGGCCGCUCUGAAGUCCAAGAGACGCACGAUGAGAUAAUGAAGGUCUCCGAGGUGGCGGAGGAGAACAACGAGGCGGAGAGGGACGAGACCAUCGACUACAACUUGGGCUGGCCUGAGGCCACCACCACCUCAUUGACAAGAUCCCCGUGUGAGCUAGAUCGUCCGGAGCGCAACAUCAUUCUCGUGAAGACGCACCGUACUGGAACCAGCACCCUAGCGAACAUUCUCUACAGAGCCGGAGAUCUUAACAACCUCCAAUUCGCAUUACCUAAGCGCAAAACCUACGAAUUCUACUGGCCUUUGCGCUUCAAUCCGAGCUUUGUCGACAAGCAGUACUUGAACGCUUCGAGGCCAAAUCUACUGAUCAACGCUAAGUAUGAACAGAGCGCCAUGUCCAUGAUGAUUGGCAAGGAAGCACACUUCAUCGCAAUACUGCGUGAGCCGACCACACAUUUCGAGUCUGCAUUCUACUCGUACAGACUUGAUGCGCUCCUUGGUCUAGAAAACGCCACAAACCCGCUGCAGGCAUUCCUUACCAGUCCCCAUGAACAUGUCGAGAAGUACCUGAAGGGCACAAAGCGAGUAGAUCCCAGCCUCAACGCCGCUGUCAACGGUCAGUUUUUCGAUCUCGGUCUGAUGCACAAGUACUUUUCGGAUGAUCACGUGAUCAACAGUACCAUGGCGGAGCUGUCGAAAGCGCUCGACCUCGUGCUCAUCAGCGAGUACUUCGACGAGUCACUCGUGCUGCUCACCCGACUGCUCUGCUGGGAGCUGGACGAUGUUGUCUAUUUCCGGCUACGUAACCGCGCUAAUGACUACAGGGAGCUAAAUAUCACUGCUGAGAUGCAGAAACGCAUUCUUGCUUGGAACAAGGCGGAUGUUGCCCUGUAUCAGCACUUCAACAAAACCUUGUGGGAGAGGAUUGGCAAACAGGACGGCAGCUUUCACGAUGACGUACUAAAACUCAAAGAGAAAGUCCGACAGCUCGAGGAGGAAUGCGUGGAGUCGUACAAGGUUGACGCGAAUACGGGGGAAUUGGUCGUGAACAUUUACUCAGAUUUACCGCCAGACAACAGAUACCUGUGCGAUAAAAUAGCGCUGAGUGAAGAAAAUUAUAUUAUUUAUCUGAAGAGAAAGAUGAGCGUAAAGUUCGCGGCCGAUAGCGCAUUCAUCAGAGAGUUGUACAGAAUGAAAGAGACCGAGUGGAAUACGACGUUGCCAUAAAAUUCUGGUGGUACGCUCCGCUUAUCAAGAUUGUUAUGUUAUGUAUUUUUCACACAUGUAGCCAGCGCAGUUGAAUUUAUAUAAUGAAAUAUUUUAUACGCUAAAAUAUAUAAAUACAUAUUAUUUUUUAUUUAGAAUAAUAAAAUAUAACAAAGAAAUACAUAUUAUUUAAUUGCAAUAACACGGACUAUUUUUUAACGCGAAGUUUUUGCAUAUGAUAUCUAUGCCCUUCCCCCUCCCCCUAAAAAAUUAAUGUUUCCGCAUCUAAAACGUUCAACGUUUAAUAAGUUUAAAUAACUUUAUCUAAAUCAAAAAUGUGUAGUGUCUUGUCUUUUAAUAUUAAGAAUGUGACCCGUAAGUUAAUCACUGAACGAAACAGUGUUAAAAUAGAGUUGCUGCUAUUGACUUACACACAAAUUCUCUAAUGCUAGCUGAGGUGGAAGAAAUACGAUAGUUUGGGUAUAGCGGGAGCUAAUACACACUUUCCAUCACCUAAA